CACUGGCGGCACUAAAUUAAAUAAAUAAAUUUAGGCAGACGUUUUGAAACAUAACGUAAACGAAACAAAACGAAACGAAUUAAAACGAAAGUAAUUAUACAUAUAGUUACUCUGUUUCCCCAUUGAGAGUGGGAUUAUCAUCAGGCGACGACAACAACAACGACAAUAACAAGAGGAGACAGUGGAAGUGGGAGUGAAGAGGGUGUGGGUGAGAGAGGAGGGAGGAGGUGGUUGACGGUGGUGACCAAUACGAGGAGCGAUUGCACCAGAGAGCACCAUGACCGCCUCGGACAAGUACACGUAUCAGAGGACCGUGUUAUGUCUUGCUCGAGUCUUGGCUGGCAUACAACCUACACCAUGGGAUAAGGUGCAAACACUGUUCCGCUACUGUCCACAGGAGAAUGCAGCUGGUGUCUUCUGCCUGGAUACAAGAGCCCAGGAUGCAGUCAUUGCAUUGGGCAUUUAUUUUUUAGAGGGCGGUUGCCAGCAUGAAUCCCAAAUAGUACCCUAUCUAUUGCGUUUGGCCAAGUGCCUCCCCAAGGCUGUGUGGAUUGAUGAUGUCCGGAGUAGUAAAAUUGAACGUAUACGAAUUCCAUCGGCUGAGAAAUUCAGUUUCUGUUUAAACACUUUGCUUUCGGAUAUAGCUGCCAAAUGUCCAGAUUCUCGUGAGGAGAUUAUUCUAAAUCAAGUGGAAACACUUGGCACUUUGGCCAACAUUGUGAAGUCAAGCAAGGAUAGUAGUUCGGCCCCGCCACCGAUUAUAUUAUGCAAGGCAACGGUGCCAUUGCUCUUUGGUUUGGCCCGCUCAAUGGGACGAUAUGCUAGCAAUGAUCCGCCACUUUUGUGCCGCAUUUUUCCUGCGGAAUUGAUGCCUAUGCAGCGUAUGAAUUAUCGUGGCGGACGUGAUGGUAUGACUUAUAGUAAUGGCGGCGUUGGUAGUGGUUCCUCCUUUAGCAGUAACGAACGUCUGGCCAAUCAAUUUCGCCCCAUCAUUCCACGUUCCAUGUCGGGGAGUCUGCAGCAGCAGCAGCAGAAUCACCAUAAUCAUCUUAAUCAUCAGCAGCCGCAAACGAUUCCAAUGGAGCGCAAUCAUUCCCAUCAUAGCCAGCAGAAACCAUCGCUGCAUAGCUAUUUCUCCGUACCGUAUGAUCCACGCACUCAUUUCUUUACACGCUACGGCUCCAGUUUCAAUCAAUUCCCCAAUAUGCGUGUCUGUGAAUCACCCACCAAAGGUGGUCCCAAAUCCAUGUACCUGAUGCCACCGUUUCCCAUCCAGCAUUUGCAAACGAUAUUUGCCAUCUCAAAGAAACUCCUUACCAAGGAUACGCUCGAGCACUUGGAUGAGCAGGCAAGCGAUAUAUUCUCCUUGCAUCAGAUCAAAGGCUAUUGCUAUAAAAGUUUCUCGGAAACCCUAAAUCUGGUAUUGGUCACUCUGUUGCGUGAACUUCUGCAGCAUCAGGUGGAUCUGCCAACGCCAUUUACCAAAGAUGUCCAGGAAUUUGUGAAACGUUUGUUCCUCAACGGUCAGACCGAAUUGCAGAACAAACAGCAGGAUCAAGAGCGUGAGAGGCGCGAGGAGAAUGGCAUUGCUGUGGUCAACAAAUACAAGGUUAAUGUCAUGGCUAAUGCUGCGUGCGUUGAUCUUCUUGUCUGGGCCAUUCGCGAUGAAACGGAGGCGGACAAAUUAUGCGGGCGGCUCUCCCAAAAACUGAACCUUGUGCUCAGCCACAAAAUCGUCAUGGAUCACAUGCCCCUGCUAAUGGUAUGCCUGGAGGGUUUGGGUAAAUUGGCACAGAAAUUUCCAAACAUUGCUGGCACCUCGAUAUCAUAUUUGCGUGACUUUCUGGUCGAUCCCAGUCCGAUACUGGGCAAAUUGCAUGCCCAUGCCAUGCAAUCGUUGGCCCUGCAGAAAAAGGAAAAGGAAUUGGCACUCACUCCGUUCAAGAUUGUGGUCCAGCAUUCGGAUUCGCGUGCCGUUGUCGAUAUCUUUGGCGAGAAUCAAAAACAAUUGGCCAACGGCGGCGCUGGCGGCGGAGGCAUCAGUGGAACCGGACGCACUGGACAAGCCGCUUUCGAAGCUCUGCGAGAUGCAGCCAUUGAGAAUCUAUCGAUUGCUCUACGUGCUGCCCAUACACUGGAUCAAUUUUGUGUGCCAGCCCUGGUGGCAAAUGUGUCCAAUCGUUUGUUUACCGCCGAAAAACAUGAGAGCGAAUCAACACUGGUUAGCCUGAAUAUAAUUGUGAUGCUGGGCCAUGUGGCUGUCGCCUUAAAGGACACCUCAAAGACAACACAGAACAUAUUGCAAUUCUUUAUCCAACGUUUCUGUAAGGUGCCAUCGGAGCAGAAUGCUUUAAUUGUCGAUCAAUUGGGUUGUAUGAUCAUAUCGCAAUGCGAGACACAUGUUUUCGAUGAAAUCAUGAAAAUGUUCUCCCGCGUUACGGUACAAUCGGCCUCACUGGCCUAUACAUCGGAUCCGGAACAUCGCAAGCAAUUCCAUCAUGUUUCGGAUGCGGUUGUCAAUGCAUUGGGUAAUAUUGCAGCCAAUAUACAAGGAGAUGCCGAAAUGUUGGAGUUGCUGGGCAAACUGUUGGAGCUAUUUGUACAGAUCGGUUUGGAUGGUGAGCGCUCCUACGAUAAUACGCCGGGAGCCCAAAAGGCCAGCUCACGUGCUGGUAAUUUGGGCAUGCUAAUACCAGUGAUUGCCGUACUGGUGCGCCGCCUGCCACCGAUCAAGAAUCCCCGUCAACGUUUGCACAAGCUCUUUAAGGACUUUUGGGCCUAUUGCGUUGUAAUGGGAUUCACCAAUGCCCGCCAAUGGCCGGCGGAUUGGUAUCAGGGUGUCCAACAAAUAGCUGCCAAAUCCCCGCUAUUGAUUUCGCAAACGGCCCACAAAUCGGACAUGCGAGAGCUCAACUAUACGCUGGCCAUUAAAUGUGAUUCGGUUAAUGAGUUGCGUAGUCAAAUUCUGGUGCUACUUGAGCAUUCGUCGGCGGAUAAUGUGGCCACGUCGAUUAAUAAAUUAACAUUUGCCCAAUGCACAUAUCUAUUGAGUGUCUAUUGGCUGGAGAUGCUGCGCGUUGAGAAUGCGGAUGAGCCCAGUCUGGAGCCCAUUAUGAGUUAUCUAUGCGAUACGGCUCUGCAGCGGGACAAAACGGGCAUUUGGCAGUGUGUGAAAUGUGUGGCCGAUCAGGUCUUUGAGAAAUUCCGUAAUGUACUCUAUGCCCACGAUGAGAUACGUGAAAAGGUGCUGGAAUCACAGGCCACGCUGUUGCUCGUCUACUUUAAUCACAUCCACAAGCAGAUACAACUUGUGGCCGAUCAGUAUUUAUCACAGUUGGUGGAUCGUUUCCCUCACUUGCUGUGGAAUCGUCGCGUGCUCUGGUGUAUGCUCGACAUCUUACAAUUGCUUGCCUAUUCCCUGACCCUGGAUCCCAACGAGGAAACGCCCAUAUUGCGUGUGGUCUCCACACCGUAUACAUUGCAAUUGAUGGACUCGCUGCCGGCCCGGGAGAUGCGCUUAAAGGAUUUUGCCGAUCGGUGUCAGGGCAUUGUUAACGAAGCCAUGAAAUGGGCACCACGUUCCACCCGCUCGCAUCUGCAAGAGUAUCCCAAUCAAAUACCCACUCCGGUGCUCGCCCAUCACAGUGGUUUGGCAUUAGCAUUUGAUUCGGUGGUGAAUAGCACCAGCGGCGGGACAUUGGGCAAACGUCCUACGUGCCUCAAUUCGGAUACGCCACGUUUCGUGUCCGUUCUAUGUCUGCGGAGCAAAUAUGCGGGCGAGAUAAGUGGUCUGCUGUCGGUGCUAAGUGAGCAGGAUAAGGCCGGUUUGGCGGAGCGUCUGGUCUGCGAUGUGUGGGAGGCCUGUGCGGAGAAGAGCGAUGCCCGGCAUCGUGGUGCAUUGUGGCGGGCAACCGCAUAUUUGAUAAUAUGUGCGGAAAUUGAUCGUAAACUCCUUCAUGCUGUGGCCAGCUCUCAGCUGGAGCUCUUCACCGAAUCGGCCAUGGAGACGGCUGUCGAAUGCUGGCAAUGGGUGCUAACUGCACGUCAGGAUUUGGAAUUAUGUUUCAUUCAGGAGAUGGUCAGUGCCUGGCAAACGACAUUCGAGAAGCGCAUGGGCCUAUUUGCCUGGGAGAAGGAGGUAACGCAUCCAUUGGCCGCCUACGAGGGUUGUCAUUUGGUUAGCAAACCGAUUCUGAUUACACCCCAUCUCAUAUGGCUGCAGUUGCUCUCUGAAAUGGUGGAUACGGCCAAAUAUUGCAAUCGCGAUAAGGUGGAAAUGUUUUGCCUGCUGCUGCAUCGAUGUUUGCCCAUUUUGAAGACUAGUCGACAGAAUCGUCAAGUAUCGACUGUGGGUUGCCGCUUCAAGUUGCUCCAGUGUGGUCUAUCCUUGUUGCAGGGCAACACCAUACCCAAAUCGCUGGCACGGAAUAUCUUACGGGAGCGUAUCUAUUCCAAUGCCUUGGACUAUUUUUGUGGACCGCCGACAUGUCCGAACCAGAGUCGAGAGCAGCUGCUGGAGGAUAUAUUGAUUCUAUUGAAAUUCUGGCAGACCAUGCGCAGCGAGAAAAAGCAUCUGGUCACCUCGGAGGUGGGUGACUAUGAUAUAACCAACACAUCGGUUAGUUCCACACAAAUGUUGGGUGUGAAAGCAAAUCCGGAGACUGCAUCUCUCAUUAGCGGUGGCGGAGUAAUGGAUUACACACGCUCGAUGAGUGCCACGGGGAAUGCAACGGGAGCCAGUGGCUGGUAUAAUACCAUACCGCAUUCAACAUCAACUCUAUCAAAGCGUUCAAAUCGUUCGAAACGUUUGCAAUAUCAAAAGGAUUCCUAUGACAAAGAUUAUAUGAAGAAGCGUAAUUUGAUAUUGGAAUUAUUGGCUGUUGAAUUGGAAUUCCUUAUAACCUGGUACAAUCCAAAUAGUCUACCAGACUUAAUUAUACCAGGUGAAGAACAGAUCACAGAAUGGCGACAACGGCCAUCUAAACCAAAUGUUUGGCGCGAUUAUGCCCGCUUGGCAUGGUGCUAUAACCCGGCAUUGGCUGUCUUCCUGCCCCAACGUAUUAAGAAUGCCGAAUCAAUUGAUGAGGAAGUCUCCCGAUUGGUUUGUUCGGAUCCCACAGCUGUUUGUCAUAUACCCGAAGCUCUUAAAUAUUUAUGCAACACAAAGAAUUUACUCCAAGAGAGUCCCGAUCUGGUCUAUAUACUCUCCUGGUCGGCUGUAACACCCAUUCAGGCAUUAUCAUAUUUCUCGCGUCAAUAUCCCUCGCAUCCGCUAACCGCACAGUAUGCUGUAAAGACAUUAAGCUCAUAUCCAGCCGAAUCUGUACUCCCGUAUAUACCACAAUUGGUGCAAGCCCUGCGACACGAUACCAUGGGCUAUGUGGUGGAGUUCAUUAAGAAUAUAUCGAAGCGUUCACAAAUUGUGGCCCAUCAGUUGAUAUGGAAUAUGCAGACAAAUAUGUAUAUGGAUGAGGAUCAGCAGCAUCGUGAUCCGAAUCUAUAUGAGGCCUUGGAUUUGCUGACACAAAAUAUAAUUGCCUCAUUUUCGGGUGCCGCGAAACGUUUCUAUGAGCGUGAAUUUGAUUUCUUUGGCAAAAUAACGGCCGUAUCGGGUGAGAUACGUUCAUUUCCCAAGGGUAUUGAGCGUAAGAAUGCCUGUUUGGCUGCAUUGAGUCGGAUUAAAGUGCAAUCGGGUUGCUAUUUACCCUCAAAUCCGGAAGCAAUGGUCCUCGACAUUGACUAUAGCAGUGGGACACCGAUGCAAAGUGCUGCCAAAGCUCCAUAUUUGGCACGUUUUCGUGUCUAUCGUUGUGGCAUAACCGAACUGGAGUCACGAGCCAUGGAAGUAUCCAAUAAUCCGAAUUCACAGGAAGAUGCCCAUAUGACUUUGGGCGUAGAGUCAUGGCAGGCGGCCAUUUUUAAGGUGGGCGAUGAUGUGCGUCAGGAUAUGUUAGCUCUGCAAGUGAUUACCAUAUUCAAAAAUAUCUUCCAACAAGUUGGCCUAGAUCUGUUUCUAUUUCCCUAUCGUGUGGUAGCGACUGCACCUGGAUGCGGUGUCAUUGAAUGUGUACCCAAUGCCAAGUCGCGAGAUCAAUUGGGCAGACAAACGGAUUCUGGCCUAUCCGAGUACUUCCAGCAUCAAUAUGGCGAAGAGACAUCCAAAGAAUUUCAAGCAGCUCGAGCCAAUUUUGUUAAAUCAAUGGCGGCCUAUUCAUUAAUUGGCUAUCUGUUGCAGAUCAAGGAUCGUCAUAAUGGCAACAUAAUGAUUGACAAAGAUGGUCACAUUAUACACAUUGAUUUUGGCUUUAUGUUCGAAUCAUCGCCUGGUGGAAACAUUGGCUUUGAACCCGAUAUGAAACUAACCGAUGAAAUGGUUAUGAUAAUGGGCGGUAAAAUGGAAGCGCCACCAUUUAAAUGGUUCUGUGAACUUUGCGUUCAGGCAUUCUUAGCGGUUCGACCCUAUCAGGAUGCCAUUGUUUCAUUGGUGUCGCUUAUGCUGGACACUGGACUACCAUGCUUCCGCGGACAGACGAUUAAUUUGCUGAAGCAACGUUUUGUGGCCACCAAGAAUAAUAAGGAGGCAGCAGCACAUAUGUUAGCCGUAAUACGUAACUCGUAUCAGAAUUUCCGUACCCGUACCUAUGACAUGAUUCAAUACUAUCAGAACCAAAUACCCUACUAAAUCGAUCAAAGAUGGAUAUAUCUACAUCUAUUAUAUAUAUCUAUAUGUAUGUAUGUGCUUGGUUCCACAUACAUAAUCUGUUUGUUGUUCAUUGUUAGCCAAAAAAAAAAGAAAAACACAAAAAAACCUUGUAAACUUGUAUUCUAAUCGCUCUUCCCGCCUCCGAGUAUUUUUUUCUUCAUUCUUUUUUUCCCUUUUUGGUUAUUGUUUUUUUUUUUUUUUUAAUUACUAUUCGAAUUUCACUUUUGAUUUUUUAUUUAUAUAUAAAUAUAUGUAUUUGUAUUUUCCACCCCGGCUCGGCCCCACCCCAACCACUUAAAAAAAUGUUUAGUAGCUAGUAGUUUCUUUUGAAGGUUUUACGAUGCAUACUAAAUCAAUACAAUGUAUUUGUUAUAUAUAUAUAUACAUAUAUAUAUAUAUUUAUUUAUUUAAUAUAUAUGCGGCCAACUGCCAAGCAAAAUAAUUCCAUAUAUAUACGAGUAUAUGAAUAUAUAUAUAUACUUGGUGUGUUCCGAAGUAAAUAGUAAAUUUUUUGAAAAUAAUAACAAAAC